AGAAUAUUCCAAAUUAUAUAUAUAUAUAUAUAAGUGCACUAGGUGGUGUGGUGGCAUCAUAUAAACGUUAUAGCUAUAGUUUAAUUUUUGAUAUAUUAAGGACGUGUUGGAGAUUGAAUAUUAUAAGAUAAGAUAUGGCAGUGAAAGUAUAUGGCACUCUGAAAUCAGGCUGCACACAAAGAGUUCUGGCUUGCUUUCUUGAGAAGGGAGUGGAGUUUGAAAUUGUUAAUAUUGAUCUUCAGGCAGGAGAGCAAAAGCAACCUGAAUUCCUCUUACUCCAGCCAUUUGGACAAGUUCCAGUCAUCGAAGAUGGAGAUUUCAGGCUUUAUGAGUCCAGGGCAAUUGCAAGGUACUAUGCAAACAAGUACGCUGCCAACGGACCCAAUCUAUUAGGAGUCACACUAGAAGAGAAAGCCAUGGUAGAUCAAUGGCUAGAAGUUGAAGCACACAACUUCAAUGACUUGGUUUACACUCUGGUGCUUCAGCUGCUUGUCCUACCACAAAUGGGCGAGCAGAGCAACCUGGCUUUGGUUGACACAUGCGAGCAGAAGCUGGAGAAGGUGAUGGAUGUUUAUGAAGAGAGGCUGUCAAAGAGCACCUAUCUUGCAGGGAAUAGUUUCAGUCUCGCUGAUCUGAGCCAUCUUCCAGCGAUAAGGUUUCUCAUUGAUGAUGCUAAAAUGGGACACCUUGUGACUGAGAGGAAGAGUGUUUGUGCUUGGUGGAAGGACAUUUCAAGCCGACCUUCUUGGAGGAAACUCAUGAAGAUUUCUGGUCUCUCUAACUAAAAUCUAAUUAUCCAUUUGAUAAUUAAUCAGUUUGCCAAAUGCCUUUUUUGUGUGUGUGUGUGUGUGUGUUAAAAGCAUAAUAAACUUGUUUGCUGGUAUGGUGUGUAAGGAACUUGAUUUCUUCUGUUGUGUAAGCACUUAGUUUUUCUAAAUUGAAGUAUGUUAUGGUCUGUUGUGUAAGCACUUAGUUUUUCUAAAUUUAAGUAUGUUAUGGUGAACGAGGUUAUAUGUAAAAUACUAUUAUCAAUACGUUUACCAUAAAUGAUAAUAAAAUAUUCAUGUCCAAGUAUAAGAACUAUUUAUAUACCGAAAAAAAAAAAAAAAAUUGUAUUACGAACUAUUUAGCAAAUCAAAUUUAUUCUUAAAAAUCUUUUUUUUUUCUUAAUUGUAUUACGAACUAUUUAGCAAAUCAAAUUUAUUCUUAAAAAUCUUUUUUUUUUUCUUAAUUGUAUUACGAACUAUUUAGCAAAUCAAAUUUAUUUUUAAAAAUCUUUUUUUUAUUCUUACUUUUUUUCUGGCGAUCUAAAAUAAUCACUUUACCCAAAGGGAUGAACGGUCAAUUAUUUUUUAGGUAAAUGUCUUAUCAUACUUUUGGGUAUAAAGCUCCCAAGGCACCUCUCAUGUCCAUAAAAUCCAUAAAAGCUUGUGGAAAUUGAUACCUCUGUCUCUCUCACAACAACCUCCAUUUUCAUAAAUCGUUCUUCCUCCAAUUUACAUCCCAAUGAUUGUUGCUAUUUCUCCAUAAUAUCAAACCUUUUAAUUAUUUCUAUAUAUAUGUAUGUUUAGUUUCAUUUUUCAAAAAUCAAAAACCAACAAAAUAAAAACAACAAAAAAGUAAGAACAAUUGCAUGUCAAUUCAAUCAAUUUAGUAUUAUUCAAAAAAAAGUAAGAGAAAAACAUUUAACAAAAAACCAAAAAAAAAAAAAAUUGAGAAGAAAAUAUAAAAAGAUGGAUCAGAAAUCUGGCUUGGUCUCUCUGAAGAGAGAAAAAUGUAGCACAGUUUAAUCAGCUUCGAUCAUUUGGGGAAAUAUUCAUCACCUCCAUCAAUUUUUUUUCAAUCUCAAAAUACUAAAACCAUCAAACAAUUUAAAAUUUAAAAAAAAAAUCCAAAAAAUAAAUGGCAAAUAAAAACAAUUUCUAUAAAAAACAGAGUAUGAGUUGCGAAAAGAUCAGAGUUCUGGCUUGAAAAAUCAACCCCCAUGAAACAGAGGCCGACAUUUACUUUCAAAAAAAGCACAGUUUGAAUCAGCUUCGAUCAUAUGGGGAAAGGAUCCUCAUUUCUAUUCCAACUCCAAAAUAAAAAAAAUAAAAAAAUCAAACAGAUUCAAACUAUAAAUUAAUAAAUAAAUAAAAUUAACAAUAA